UGUAGGGAUGGGAGGACGCGGUGUCUCCCUAGCUGCGCUGGGCUUCCUGCUCGGCUUUGCUCUGCUGCAGAUUAAUGCGAAAUCUACCUCCAUUCACGACGUGAACGUGUUAGGCCAUGUGGCCUCCAAACGCUCUAGCCCGGAUGCGUUUUCUCCCAAAGAAAACGUAGCUUACGAUGAGGGGUCACUGCACAGAAUCGUAAGGGCCUCUGGUGAUGAAGCUAAUAGCCCUGCCGGGAGGCCUGUCAGGAGGAAUAAACAAGGCGAUGAAGAGCCGGAUAAGAAUGGGGAAGAAGAGAAGAGGAGAAGGAGGCAACAUAGCAAAGAUACCCCAAUAGACGGCAGACCGGUCGGGAAGCCAAGGGACCCGAAGAAAGACCAGGAAGGAGGCGGCCAGUCAGGUAGAGGCCCCAAGAAUAUAAAGAAAGGCGGCGGACGGACCAAAAAACAAAACGAAGAGGAUACCCCAAAAGACGGCAGACCGGUCGGGAAGCCAAGGGACCCGAAGAAAGACCAGGAAGGAGGCGGCCAGUCAGGCAGAGGCCCCAAAAAGAUGAACAAAGGCAACGGAGGGAAGAAGAAUCAAGGCCCCAAAAAGAUGAACAAAGGCAACGGAGAGAAGAAAAAUCAAGGCCCCAAAAAGAUGAACAAAGGCAACGGAGAGAAGAAAAAUCAAGGCCCCAAAAAGAUGAACAAAGGCAACGGAGAGAAAAAGAAUCAAGGCCCCAAAAAGAUGAACAAAGGCAACGGAGAGAAGAAAAAUCAAGGCCCCAAAAAGAUGAACAAAGGCAACGGAGAGAAGAAAAAUCAAGGCCCCAAAAAGAUGAAUAAAGGCAACGGAGAGAAGAAGAAUCAAGGCCCCAAAAAGAUGAAUAAAGGCAACGGAGAGAAGAAGAAUCAAGGCCCCAAAAAGAUGAAUAAAGGCAACGGAGAGAAGAAGAAUCAAGAUUCCAAGAAAGACGGCGACCGAAACAACCAAAACAGAAAGAGAAACAAAAAGAGAAACAAAGAGGGAAACAAUAAGAGAAACAACAAAAAAUCAGAUCAACAGACGAAGCCCGGCAAAAGGAAGCAGAACGAGAAUCGAAAUAGCAAAAAGUUCUCCAAAAAAGGACCUAAAGGAAUGAAGAAGGGGACCGCCAAGAACAUGAAUGCAAAGAAAACAACUAAACCAGGUCAGAAACCAACUAAACCAGGUCAGACCUCAAGGAAGUCAGGUCAGAAAGCAUCGAGACAAAAGCCGUGCAAAGAAAGGAACAAGUGCAAGAAAGCAAGUGGUAAAUGCCAGAAUGAAGAUUGUGUGAAUUCGGUCAAGAAUGGCUGUGGAAAGAAGUCUGGCUGUACAUGCUGUCUAAAAGAUAACAAAUGCUUAGACGCUUAUGCCAAAGAACGAUGCACACAGAAGGGAGGAAAAGCUGUAUUAAUUGAGGAAUGCGAUGGAAGAAGUAAAGAGAACUUGGCAUAUGGCAGUCAGUGUACAUGCUGUAUCCCUUGCGAAGCCAAGAAGAGCUGUACACGAAGAGGAGGGGAAUGCAAAAAAGAAUGCAAGACAAGCGAAGUUAACGGAGGAAAGUGCAAAGGCAAGGACUGCAAAUGCUGCUUGAAGGAAUCAGAUGACAAGUGUACGGAGAGUGAUGGAAAGCCAAAGUGUGCAAAGAAAGGAGGCACCAUUACCCGCGUCGAGGACUGCAAAACGACCCAGAGAAGCAAAUGGUCCCUCGACCCAGCGUGCACAUGUUGUCUGUCGUGCAAAGACUCCAAAGGCUGCUCGAAGAAGGGUGGCGUCUGUGCUUCGAAAUGCGACAACGGGGACAUACCCAAAGGCAAAUGCACAGGGAGUGACUGCAAGUGCUGCGCCAAAGGUGAGACUUAA